AUUUGGUGUAUCUAGGCUCCAUGAAAUUCCCUCUAGUGCUGGCCCCCAGUUUUUUUAACUCUAAGUUGUCAUUGCUGAUGACCCUAACACUAACCUAUCAGAAGAUGUAGUUUGGUCUUUGUAACCAGGGACAAAAGUCAUAAUUUUUUGACUGUCACACAUCAAAAACUAUUGAUUGUGUUCUUCUAAAAUCUCUCCUUCAUUGGCUCCCUGUUAAAUCCAGACUUUAAAAUCCUGCUCCUCACAUAUAAGCUGUUUAAUAAUCAGACCCUGUCAUAUCUUCAUAGAAACAUAUUGUCCCAUUAGACCACUUCACUCUCAAACUGCAAGUUUACUUGUUGUUCCUAGAGUAUUUAAAAAGUACCAGCUCCCAGACUGGGUUCAGCAGACAGACACUAUCUCUACUUUUAAAAUUAGGCUUCAAACUCUAAUAGCAGAGGUCGCUGACGUCUACUCGGAGCCUCUGGUUCACCCUUUAAUGACUAAAUUUAAUUUUGAACUGAGGCAGACACUCACAUGUGUACGUGUGACACCCACGUAACUUCUGUGUGGAGCCGUAGAGGCCACUGGUCCUGCUGUGCUUUUAUUUUAUAAAUGUGCACACACAGAAAUGUGUACACCACCAACCAGCACUCAAACAGAAUCUUAAUCAGUGGGGCAUAUGGGUAAAUGAUUCUAUUUGUCCUCCAGUCUGUGACAGCUGAAUUGAGGAUGGAUGGAUGGAUGAAUCCCUGUGCACUGAUAUCUGCAGCCACCUUCAGUAUUUUAAUGCUUUACUGUAGUUGUGAUUGAGCUGCAGUCUGUGUGGCUUUAUGUAGAAAGGUGUACAAAAAACAUGAGAUAAAAAAACAAAAAAAAACAAUCAAAGUAAACUGUGCUUCUUUUACAUAACGCAUGAAUCUCCCACAUCUCCAUGGAGACAACAUCACAGCAGCUGAGCCAGAACGAGGCUGUGCAGGAAUGUCACUAACAUGUAAUCAUGCCACCCUCUCGCUUUCUCGCUCUCCGUGUUUCCUCUGGGUGUCUCUCGACCCUUCUGCAGCACUGCGGACCGUGUUUACCUGCAGGUCUGAGCAGAGCAGCAGCCUCUUUGUCCUCAAAACAAACUUCACUGACACCGGUCACAGCCUCGGUCUGCCCGCGAGGCCAAAUGCUCCUAACUUGGAGCUCCAGCUUCAAAAACAGCCCGCUCCUCUCCUCCUCCAUCUCCUCCUCUGCUUGUGUAACUCCUGUCUUGCCGCAGUGGAGGAAACCCCUCUCUCCUCUAGCUCUACGUCGCUCUGCCGCCUGUCCUUUUAAGGCAUGGGGAUACCCGCCGUCACGGCCGGAUGCUGCCCAUAUUUGGGCAGCUACGAAGCGUCGCGGCGGGGGAAUCCCUCGCGCCGGUGUCGACCAAUAAGGCCUGGACGGGAGUUACCUAGGAGACGGAGAGUAUAAAAGCGCAGGGAGCCCAGCAUCCUCAGCAUCUUCAGCAUCCUCAGCCUCAGAGCGCGGACUAACCGACCCGCUCCGGAUUAACCGCCGGAUUAUCGUUUAUAAAGGGAAUCCCGGCAGCACGAGCCCAGCAGCUUCACGUUUUUACCGGAUUUUUGUUUGUGAUUCGUGUGAAAAUGCUUCUGGAGCGCGAGGACAGCUUCAUGUCGGAGUUUGAGGACGCGUGCAGCGCCUGGGUGGACAGUGUGGGCUCGAGCCUCAGCGACCCCGCGGACUCGGACGUGGGAUCACCUUUCUGCCAAGUUUUCUCUCCGGGCACCGACGCCUCUGACUCAGAUUUCUUCUCCGACUUCAGCGACUGCUCCUCGGACACGCUCUCGCCCUCCCUCGGCUACACCGGCAGCUUCUUCGCGGAGCCAGAGGCGGCACCGGCGGGACUGAGCAGCACCGCGGACGCGAUCCUCAACAUGAUCACAGAGAUCGUGGGAAUCUGCACAGAGAUGGAGCAGCAGCAGCAGCAGCAGCAGCCCGCCACCAACACCAUCACCUCCUCCACCUCUGCAGCCUCCACCUUCGCUCCAGCACCUGUCCCGGACCUCCCUCCACCCCUGCCUGCCGCCCAGCAGCUGCCCUCCACCUCGGCUUCCCUGCCAGCUGUGGUCAAGAGCGAGUUUGUGGCUUCCAGUUGCAGCAGCGGGUGUGAGCCGCUCUCCACAGCCGGAAACGACGCACUGUACCCGUCCAGCGCGGACUCGCUUCUGCCGCUGUCAGCUCUGGAGCAACAGGUGGAUGUAGCGGAUCUCAUCGACUCGCUGCUGAGCGCCGACGCCGCACAGGGGGAGCUGAAGCCCGCAUGCGAGGUGAAGCAGGAGCCGCUGGGGCUGGAAGACUGGCUGAAGAGCCUGUCCGCCUCUCCCGUUACCGGGGGAGAUUCCGGCAGCUACGUCAUCAACAGACCGCCGAUAAAGACGGAGCUCGUGCAGAGCGGGAGCGACCUCCACUGCGCCCCCUCUUCCCUCCCCUCAACCCUCGACUCCCAGCUGCUCUCCUCCCUCCUGCAGGGCGUGUUCCCGAUAGUCAACAUCGGCAGCGUGCACGCGGCAGCAGCCCCCAAGAUGUCGCGCGGAGGCAGGCGAGCCCCCGCGAAGGGGGGGCCGAAGGCGAAGCCGUUCCCGUGCUCCGUGCAGGGCUGUGAGCGCCGCUUCUCGCGCUCCGACGAGCUCAACAGGCACGUGCGCAUUCACACGGGACAGAAGCCGUUCCAGUGCACCAUCUGCGCGCGCAGCUUCAGCCGCAGCGACCACCUGACCACGCACACGCGCACGCACACCGGAGAGAAGCCCUUCUCCUGCGACGUGUGCGGCAAGAGGUUCGCGCGCAGCGACGAGAGAAAGAGGCACGGGCGCGUGCAUGUCAAGCAGCAGCUGCGCGCACAGAUGAUGGCCGCCUACUCCCUGGCCCUGAACGCGCCUGGCGUCUAAAAGCAAAGAACAACAGCACACGAGCACGUUCAGAGCUUCAGGAUUUGAACCGUCGACCGGAAAGCGUCUGAGACACCUUUCCACGUGACGUCACACCGUGGGCGAUUUUGGCUGGACCCGGAAAAGGAGGAGGACGUGGCAGGUGUUUGGGGGACUACCAAGUGCACGUUUUGGUUCCUCUCAGGGCGCAUGCGCAAGCGCGGUCCUGCACCUGGACUGUGAGCAGGGCCGCACAGGAGAGGGCUGUACCGCAGGUGCCACUGACGUGUUUCCUGUCUGCACCCGCCUGUCUGCUUACUGUGGUGGACUGUUAAAGGAGCAGUCCGCUGCCCGCUGGGAGGUUUCUCCUGUAAAAUACCAACCUGUGACUUUUCUGCAUGAGGACGUGAAGAAAUGUAGACGUCAGAAUGUCGUGCUUUGUUUUGACUGCUAUUUUUAUGUGAACAUCUUUAUAUUCGAGGAGUUCUAUGUUUGUAAGAUAGCUCUAUUUUUCUAGAUGGCUCGUCUACCUCUUCGUGUUUACAAUCAGAUUGUAUAUAUUUCUAAAGAUGAAUGUGCUGCGAUGUCACUCUUUCUUUUCUAUGAGACUGAUUAUAAAACCAACGCCCGCGUCUUUGGACACUGACUGAACUUUAUAUUACUGCGGGUGCAGGUCUGAGCUGCACCGGUGCAUCGUGUUGUUUGUACUGUGACGGUGAAAAAAAAACUGAACACAUACCAGCUCAGUGAGAGCUGAGCUCCAAGUAGCACACAUGGCUGUGCAGGUUUACUGUUCCCUCGUUCUGCAUGGAGGCUGCUGUCGCUGUCAAUAAACAAACAAACAAAGAG